CUGAACUUCGGUUUCUCUUGCUUCUUCAUCUCCUCUGCUCUAUUUUUUUUGUUGUUCUGUCACUCGCCGAGACUUUUCUCCUUCCCUCAGGAACUUUUAAGUUUCUGAGUCCAUGAAGAUGCCAGUGGCAUUGGUCUGGCUACUGGCAUUCACAAAUCUAUUACUGAUCAAAGUAGAAAGCAAUAAUGCAGUAUGCAAUAAUAAUAAUUUCAAGUUAGACCCUAGACCUCACAGCGUCUCCAUCCUCGAGUUUGGAGCUGUUGGAGACGGCAAGUCCCUCAACACACUUGCUUUCCAAAACGCUAUCUUCUACCUCAAGUCCUUUGCGGAUAAAGGCGGUGCUCAGCUCUAUGUUCCACCAGGGAAAUGGCUCACCGGAAGCUUCAAUCUCACAAGCCAUCUCACACUCUUUCUAGAGAAAGGAGCAACCAUUCUUGCUUCACCGGAUCCAUCGCAUUGGGAUAUUGUCAGUCCCUUACCAUCAUAUGGUCGUGGAGUUGAACUUCCGGGGAAACGUUACAGAAGUUUGAUCAAUGGAGACAAUCUACUAGACGUAGUCAUCACUGGUGAUAACGGGACAUUCGAUGGUCAAGGUGCGGCAUGGUGGGAGUGGCUAGAGUCAGGAACUUUGAACUAUAGCCGACCUCAUAUAAUAGAAUUCGUCUCAUCCAAAAACAUCCUUAUAUCGAAUCUAACCUUCUUAAACGCACCUUCUGUAAACAUUCACCCUGUUUAUUGCAGUCAUGUUCAUAUCAAAAAAGUACUAAUCGAAACAAGCGUUGAUUCUCCCUACGUCCUUGGAGUUGUCCCAGAUUCUUCAGACAAUGUUUGUCUGGAGGACUCAACGAUCAACGUUGGACACGACACAGUCUCUCUCAAAAGUGGUUGGGACCAAUACGGAAUAAACUACGGCCGUCCAACCACCACCGUUCACAUCCGUAACCUCAUCUUAAAAUCACCCACCGGCGCCGGAAUCUCCUUCGGUAGCGAAAUGUCCGGCGGAAUCUCCGACGUCACCGUCGAAGGACUCACAAUACACAGCUCACGCGUCGGCGUCGCAUUCAGAACCACCAGAGGCAGAGGAGGGUACAUCCGUAACAUCACAAUCUCCGGCGUCGUUCUCUCCGGUGUAGACACAGCCAUCGUGGCAGACGGACACACGGGAUCGCACGCGGAUGAUAGAUACGACAGGGACGCGCUCCCUGUCGUGACGCAUAUCGUCUUGAGGAAUUUUACCGGAGAGGGUAUAGGGUUGGCCGGGAACUUCGCCGGAAUAGGAGAGUCUCCGUUCACGUCGAUAUGUCUCUCGGAUGUUCAUUUGAAAACAAGUUCGGAGUCUUGGGUUUGCUCUAACGUCUCUGGCUACGCGGAGGAUGUAACGCCGGAGCCGUGUAAAGAGCUUAUGAGUUCUCCCUCGUCGUGUUUCGCCACGGUGGCAGAGUCGUACUACAGUUGGUAAUGAAGAUAGUGAAGUUAAUAAAAUGGUGGUGAAGAAGAAGAAGAGAGUGAUGGUUUAUGAUUCGAUUGAAUUUUCAAUUAUUUUGUGAGUAAAGUCAUAAAAAUUUAUUUUGUCAGAGCGAGUGAGGAAGGGAAAGAAAAACGUGAGUAUCAAGGAACAGAGUUUCUGUUGUAUUAUUUAUGUACAGCUUCUAUUUCUUCAUUCAUGGUGUAAGAUUAUUAUUCAUCUUCUUUCUUGUUUUUAUCAAGUGGAAAAAAAUAAAACAAAAGUGAGAAUUGUGUGAAUCAUCUA